AUGGCCCAAGAUCCAUCACCAGUCCACGUACCGCUUCGAACUUCCAGCCGCAAUAACCUCUUACGAUCCGAAGCCAUGGAGAGCCAGGAGAAGGCCGCUUUCGCGGAUCGCAGAACCUCCAAGGCGCAACGAAUCCUAGGAACCGACCUGCCCAUGCACAAUAAUUCGGCCCAGUGGGACAAGCCACAGAAGCAACCAAAGUCCCGCCGAGCCAGCUUGCGAACACCGGACAGCUCCUCCAGACAACAGCAACAACAACAGAACACUGGAUUCGUUGCUUUCCCAACGGCUAAAUCAGGCGACAUGAUGGUUCCGCCCCAGAAUCUCCGGGUGCGCGCUUCAUCGCCCCUACUAGGCCAUGAAUAUCUUUCUCACGACCCGACCCCACCUCUCCCCAAACCCUCAAAGAAGAUUCACCAAUCGGGUUCUUCCUCCACUUUAUUCUCCUACUUCAGAUCACAGGAGUCAAAAUCGAAACCUGAGAGUCCAAAGGGCUUGCAGCCCAGAAUUCAAAAUGAGCUGGGCUUGGAUCCCCAUGUGACUUACAAGCAAUCCCGGACUUCCCCCAAGGAAUCCAAGCGAAAGUUGCGCCCACCCCGCAUCGAUCUGUCCAUUCUGUUCCCGAAGCCCAGGAAUCCAGCCCCGCCCCUUUUGUCUCCUCAACGGAUGACAAACUCACCAUCUCCGGUCUCGACUGUGGUCUCCGAUUAUCCUUCCACCCAAGUCCGACCUGAACAAGUAAGCAGCAAGAGCAACAACUCUGCCUCUCGACGAUUUGGAGAUCCCCUGCCCCUUCGGACCUCCGUGGCCCACCAUGAGGCACCCAAGCAGCAUGUGGAUCGCUCGGAUCUGUUGUCAAUCCCAGAAUCAUCCAGAGACGGUGAGUGGUUAGAGCAACCGCUUGAGCGCACUGUAGGAACGAGUGAAAUUGAUCUGGCCUUGGAUCGAUAUGCAGGCCGACGGUCAUUGUUUAGUCGCUCUAGUGUGUAUACUGGAAGCCGGGAGCAGUUGCAGACGGAUCAACAGCGCCGGCCCUCGGACACCAGCACCGCCACCACACGUCGUGGUCAGAGCCCGGCGAGGAACCAGGCCAGAGACAGAGCAGAAUAUCUGUCCCCUAGAUCCAAGCAGGAUCCUCAUCCCCAAACCAGCAAUCCUUCAACCCAAACCUGGCGCCAGAAGGACCGGAGCAACUCGCAGGGUGCGAAGACCGCUCUCACCAAGAAGAGCAGCAAGAGUACCCUGAAGAACAAAGAUUUGCAGAACACCAGCGUUCUCUGCCUCUCUUCAUCGGACGACGAGACUGAGGAGGAAUUAGAGACUCCGGUCACGGGGCCUCGCACCCGUAAACCAUUCCGUGACAGCGUGGAGACUUAUGGUGAGUACGAAGGGGAGGUCUACACUGCGCAGGCGGCCCAAGCGGCCACUGCCCACAUGCUGAGGAAGGUUGAUCGCGCACCAUCCACCAGCAGCCAUGGCUCUCAUCCAAACCAACGGAGCAAGCCAACCCGCAAGCAUGCUCAACAGCCUUCUAUGUCCUCCACUGGCAAGGCAUCGACUGGCAAAUCCUCUACCAACACUAGAGGAACCAGUCAAUCCCGACGUUCGAGCGGUAUCCCCACCAUCGCCGAGCCAAAUAUCCUGGAGCAGCUGCCGCAACCACCCACGCGUACCCCGCGGGAAUUGAAGGAGAUGAACCGCCGAAGCCGAGUGAUUGCCGUGACUCGACAAGAGCAGGACUUGCUGGAGGCAAUGCGUCUGCGCAAGGGCAAAGUUACCCCUAGCAUGUUCAACUAUGCUGCCGAACCUGAUCGUAAUUCUGUGCUGUCUGUUCCUUCUCGGGAUUCCUUCUGUGGAUCCGACACUUCUUUCUUGCGCCUCAGCGCUGCGUUCCCGCCGUUCCCCACACGGUCAGAUCAAGGUGCCUCUCACAUGGACAAGGACGGUUCUCCCUCACAGUCCGGUUCUGAUAAUGAACAGAAGACUAGUCGUUCCAUUGCUAGCACGAGCUAUGCGGAGUCUUUGCCCUCCCCCUCCACCAACGGUGCUUCACCGCUCACACCGACACUCCCUAUUCACCGCUUCUCGCCACUCCCCUCUCCCAAGCCUCACCCCCGUGGGCCGCCACCCGCCAUCCCUGAAGAUCAGAAGCAGCAUACCCGACGUCGUACCGAUAGCAGCGAAGCUAUCAUGUUGAACGGCGGAGAGCCGCAGCCGAAGCAUGAUCUCCCGCUUUGGUCUUUCGAUUUUGAUUGGAAUCACGACCGCAGCAGUGUGGCUGCUGUGCACUAA